AUUAUGACAAACAUGCUUUUUUAUCAAAACUGAAAGCACUAUAUUAUGACGAACAUGCCCUUUUGUCAGCUCGUCGUGGGAUUAUUGCUAUCUAUUAUGACAAAAUACAUUGUCAUUUAAACAAUUCAAGAAAGCAUAAUAUGACAAAAGAUACUAUGAUGAUAUAAUUUAUCACUUUUGUGUCUCUUACAUCCCGAUAUAGGAUGGCUAUUGUGACACGAAAUAUUUGUCACAUUACUUACUUUCAAUGACAAUUAUUCUGACAACGAUUUUUUUAUCACAUUAGGCAUACCAAAUAGGACAUAUAUUAUUUUUUCAAAUCACCGUACUUAUUGUGACAAACAAAAAAUGACAAAAUAAAUUUUUUGUCCUAAUAGGACGAAUUUUUUGUAGUGAAUAUAUCGCCUCGGGCUGACCUGCCUAUAACCAGACCAUUAUAGUUACGAUCGAUCGUUGUAACCAGCUUAGAAACUGCAGCCUCCAAGGUAGAUGACCAAGCUUCCACAUCAUGAACACCUCGCCCAUGAACUCGUCAAGUCCUUUUUGUAGCUCCUUAGUCAUACCCCUGCUUUGCCAUGUUCUCGAAGAAAUAAUUCAACUCCGGAGGAGUCUUGGUCAACAUGUUCCUAUUAUAGACCGAAUCAAUCAGUUGUCAGUCUUGGGGCAGAGAGCCCAGUAGAAGGUUCCCACCUUAAAGACAUCAGUGAACUCGUGAUUAGGGCACCUCAGGAAGAGACCUAAGUAUCUCUCCCAGGCAUCUUGGAGAGUCUCAUCGUCCUCUUGCGAGAAAUGAUUGAUCUCCUUCUGCAGAUCCGUAGUCUUGGAUGGGGGAUGAUAGCGGUUCAGAAACUUGUGACCUUGUCUUUAUCUUCAAAGGAAAUUGGAAAUAGCAGAGUCGAAGAUUGCUUUUGGAGGCACACCGUUGAUUUUAAUUCCAUCGAUCAACUCAUGAAAUCGAUUGAGGUGCAUUCGCAGACAUUUAUUGAGCAAUCCAUGGAGUACCAUCGAGCCCUUCAUUGAAAAAGUUAUUAGGAGCAACUUGAGGGAGCUGGAUGCUAGACCUCAGAUCCUCGGCCCUAGUGGUCAGGUAGUACCCCCAUAGUCCGAUCAUGUGGUCUUCGCUUAGCCCCAUUUGGAUCCCAGCUGAUUAGCAGGAGCCUCCAUCUCUUCUUCAUCGCUCUCUGAUCCUUCUACAACGAUAACCUGGUCCAAAAUCUCCUCCGCAGCAAGUCUCCCCUGAAGCGCUUUCUUGAACCAGCAUAGAGUCCGUUCGAGUUAUGAGUCAUGCAUUACUUGCACACACGCUAAAAACGCAACUUGUGAAGGAAAACAUGUGGAAGAAGGAUAAUACAUAAAGGUACAUGCUAGAGUAAUAGAUUUUCAAGUUCCCACAAUAACCAAGUCUUCCUUAGAAACUUCGCCAAAAACUUGAUUCGCUAAAACCCACACAACUAAACUACGACCAAUUGUAAUCUCACUCUAGCAAUGUAGUAUAGUUAGGGGUGGGAUUUCGGUUUCGGGUUUUCGGGUUAAACCUAACCCGAACCGGUAAUACUGUUUUCGGUUUUCGGGUUUUCGGUUUCAACCCGAAAUGAGAUACAAAACGGUUUCGGUUUAUGUAACCCGAAAACCGAUACAAACCCGAAUGGCGGAUCUGCUCAAUGACUUGCUCUAAUGGUGGAUCUCCUUUCCGCCCUCCGACAUGUCCGGCAUGGAGCUGGAGCAGAUCUAGGAAGCGUUCAUGAAGCGGACAAUGGGCUCCGUUUUCGGGUUCGUCAAGCUUCGACCGAGCGUCAAACGUACCCCGGAUACGGUGGCGGAUCUCGCUCGGAAAUGGACCAAAAUGCUGAGAGCUGGAGCGAUGGAAUUGAAUCUCAUGGGGAUUGAUCGGAGCACCAUAAUGUUCAACAUGGCCGAAGGCCGCCACUCCCUUGAACUGAAGGAGUUUGUAUUGAAUCAGCCGGAGGCAUACGAGAUCAAGAUCGGAUUCGAAUCGAGGUUUACUGCUCCAAUUGGGUUCGAGGAAAGAUAUAAUAUAAAUACGGGAAACAGAGCAGUUCAUGUCAAAGAUAGAGUUCUUCAGGGUAGUUUGUUUGCAGGGGACCUCUGAGAAUGAAACGUAUUCAUUUGUUUAUUACUUAUGAUUCAAUACAAACUCCUUCAGGAGGAAAGGAGAUCCACCAUUAGAAAGUCAUUGAGCAGAUCCACCGUCAUUAGAGCAAGAAUGUACAAAUUAUAAUAGUUUUAUAUUGUCCACCUCCCAUAAUUUUUUUUUGGUAAAACCCAUAAAAUUAAACAUAAUGGUUAAAUAAGAAUGUACAAAUAAUAAGAAUAAAAUUGUUUGUACAAGCAAAAGAAUAUAAAAUUCAAAUUACAAAAGUAUUUAUAAAAAAAAAUCAAACCGGUUCGGUUUCGGGUUCACCCGAACCGAACAAACCCGUCAGUGUAUUUUUCGGGUUCCUGUACCCGAAACCCGCAAAACAUAGGUCCGGUUUCGAGUUGUGGGAGUCGGUUUCGGGUUUUCGGUUUUUGGCGGUUUUCGGGUUCGGUUACCCGAACCGUACCGACAGGCCUAAGUAUAGUGGUUCAGGUUAUAAAUGUCAACUCGGAUCCUAGGUCUACAGGUUACUUCGUGCAAUUCUAUUAUCUAGCGACGAAAUUUGAGUUAAGUUGAUUGCAAGCCAAGGAAAACAUAAAUCAAGUAAACGUUCUCAGUUCAAGUAUGAGAAAGGUCACCCAGGUAUGUGUCCCCCUAGUAUGGAGUGAGUUCAGGUGGUAAUCCCCCAAGUUCAUUUGGAUUGACAAAUAAACCGCGAAAAGUUCUUGACAAGUCUAGAAUCUCGACCCAAACCCUUUCUGUUCGAAUACCCGGCGGGUGACUAACCUCCAUUGGAGUAAGUUAACCGAGUCAUUAUCACACAAAACUUCCUCUACUGGUUUUCAAUUCUAGUACAGAUAAGUGAAUUGACUUCUCGACUAAAGUAGUCGAUUCACUACCUCCAGUUAAGGCUGCUAUUAACAUAUAUAGAGACUAUUGUUCUAGGUUAAAGCAAGAAUCACAAGAAUUUGACCAGGACUGCUGCAAUUCGUAAUAAUACCUCAAUUAAAUAUAUGAAAGUCAAUCAUCCACGAAAAUGGGUUCAUACAAUGAUUCCUAACAUACACGACUAGGGUUCUUCAUACCCAUAUGAGAAGCGAGUUUACUCCAUGGAGAGUAGAUAAAACACAAAGCUAGAAGUGGAAAAUAUCAUGUGAAGAAUGAAAUUCUUCUCCAAGCUAGGAAUCGGCACUCUGAGGGUGAAGGAUCGAACUCCAAUGACCUUAGACGAUUCAAAUCGCUCUCCAAGGUUGUUCUUCGUGUUCCAUGGACGUGGGAAUGAGUUCCAGGAUGUGGAACUUCAAAACGGUGUGUGGUAGUUAAUUGACCUCGGAUGAAUUCCAUGGUCAAUAAUCUUCACCAUACCGGGGAUUAGUCCUGCCCAAAAAGCAAGGUAUGAACCGUGAAUCCACGGUCGUGGAAUUGACUACCCAGACCGUGAAUUCCGACUUUGCAUCCUCCAAAUCCCGUAUGCUCUCCAAUUACACUAAAACCUGCUCCUAAGCCUUCAUUCUCGUACUGGCACCUGAAAUAUCACAAACAAGCACUACCUAGCGUAAAAUGGGCCACAAAGCAAUCAAAUUCCAAGCCACACGAUCAAGAAAUGUCGGCUGAAACAUGUGAAACUAUGACGUUAUCAAUUAGUCAUAAGUUUAUCAAUUUUAAGAUAGGCUGGUACUGAAUUUUGUAGGAAUAUUCUCCAAAUCACGCUUCUUUCCCGUUUGAGGGAGGAGAGGCCGAAUUUGGUUCUAUUGGAAUUGGUUCUGAGGAUUGAAUCUAAGAGGAGGCCUAGGCUUGGUUUGACCAUUCCAAGAUAAUUUGGGGUCAUUCCUCCAACUAGGGUUAUAGUUAUUACUAUAAUGAUUACCACUGCGUUGGGGAUUCCUCACAUAAUCUAACUUCUCUAGAGUGGCUACUACUGCAAGGUAACAACCUCUAGCUUAAUGGUUGAUUCUAGUACACAGCUUAUAAGAAGCUACGAAAGUCUAUUUUCUUUUAGCUUAGAGGUUGAAAUUUUGAUUCAAGGCAGAUGUGUUGCAAGCUAGGGCCUCCACUUGCAUAACUAAGGAUUGAAUAGGAUCAAUAUGAUGAAUACUAGCUGGCUUUUGCGACUUGGACCAAGUGUUUUGCCAUCCAUAAUUUGUCUAGGCCAUGUUAUUCAUAUAUUCUUAAACCCUAGGAGGUGUUUUACCAUGAAUCUGACAGCCUUCACCAUAAUCCAGAGCUUGCUUAGACUCAUGGAAGAUACCAUUAUAGAAGACAUUGAUUUGGAGCCAAGUGUCUAUCCCAUGAUGAGGGCAUUUUCUUUACAACAGUUUGAAGUUAUCCCAUGCUUCAAAAAGUGUCUCUCCACCUAGCUACUUAACAACAACGAUUUCUCCACAAAAGCAUGCAAUCUUAGAGAAAGGAAAUAAGUGAGCCAAAAACUGGCCACCCAAGUUUGACCAUGUGGUAACAGAGGUUGGUGAAGCAAUGAAAUUCAGCACAAGCAAGUCGCAUACACUAAGGCAAGUUCAAGAGAGAAAGCAUUAUUUGAACUUCGAAUCCCCCCAGCUAAUUCAUACUUCUUAAUUGAAUAUAUAUAGACUAGAUGUUAUCUUAUCUUACCAUAGGAAUUCCAUAAUUAGUAUUAACCCGAUCUUCUUGUGUAUUAACACCCUAUUAGUCUAUUCAGUCUAGAUUUGAUAUUCUCUUUGACCUAAAUUCAAUCUCCUAACAAUUAAUGAUCUUUGAACCCCCUAUUAGGUUUUACCAUGGAUAAUUGAUUGUAAGAUCAGACCAAAUUUCCUUUUCUUGAAGGCUGGGAUCUUAUUCCCUAGGGUCUCUCACAACCACUUACUCAGGUAGUGAGGGACACUAUCUAUGUUGAAAAAUGUGAAUAGGAGGUUGAGGUGCCUUUGGUUUUUCAAAACAGAAAGUAAAAGAAAGUGCAAUGUAAGAUAAGUAAACCUAAGCUAAGUUUGGCGAGUGAGGAAGAUAGUAGAGGGGGGCAUUGCAUAGGCACAAAUUGCCCUAGAGUUCCUUUGACUCUACUAAGACUCUGAUUACACAUUGUAGUGUUUGAGAGAAUCCAUAUGGAUUCUCCUCUUACUAUACUCAUAUAUGGUUGCUACCCCUCAUGAUGAUGAUUGUAGGUUCUAAGCUAGACGAGGCAUGUGGGAGAUAUGACAACGAUUGCAUAUGUCAUGUUAUGCAACAAGGUCUUUCCUAGACGUGUAUUGAAUUCAAGACAUAGAUGUCUCGAUACAAUAAGUAUAGCAAGGAGGACUCCAAGAAACACGCCCACAUACAACCAAGAAUUAACGAUUGAUUCCAGC